AAUGGAAAUCGAUUUAGCCAAUCGUAUCGCCAGCGCUUGUCUGGCCAAGUUUGAAAGUCUUCCGAAAACUGGCAAACCAAAUGAAUCGUUCGAAUGGACAAUUCUGUCCGCAAUUGUGCUUUUAAAAACGCUCCAAAAAAACGCGAAUGACAAGACGACCGAAAUUCGGGUGGUCGCCCUCGGUACCGGUACAAAAUGUUUGCCCGGCAAUGAACUUAGUCCCAGUGGAGACCGGGUAAAUGAUAGCCAUGCGGAAGUAUUAGCACGUCGUGCCUUUUUGCGCUAUUUGCUGGAACAAAUCGAAAAUGCUUGGAGCGAUGAAAAAGAAAGCAUUUUUGAGAAGCAAACACCGGAAGGUGGUAAGCUUGCCUUAAAAGCUGACCAUUCGUUUCAUUUCUUUACCACCCACAGUCCGUGUGGUGAUGCGAGCAUAUUCGAGGCCGAGCGGGAAGAUGUUUCAUUGCCAAAAAAAGCACGAAUGGAACGAACGAAUGAUGACGAAACGAGUGUUGGGUGUUGCAUCUCUUCGGUUGAGGAAGAUAAACGACCGGUAGGAAUGACGGGUGGUAAGGUACUGCAGCCCGAUGCGGACCAUGGUGACCUAAUGGUGCAAACGGUUGGCGUGGUACGAACGAAACCGGGCCGCGGUGUACGGACGCUUUCCGUUUCCUGUAGCGAUAAGUUGGCCCGCUGGAACGUGCUCGGUGUGCAGGGCAGCUUGCUAAUGUUGUUACUCGAUCGGCCAAUCUAUCUGGAAAGUGUGGUGCUGUCGGACGGUACGGAUCAUUCGAUAGCGGCCAUAAGACGUGCGCUUUGGGGUCGUUUCGAUGAUUGGGCUGAGCGGGAGAAAAAUUCGAUAAUGCAUCCGUUUUGUCGACGCCGGCCUACGAUAAUUGCGGCAAACAAUGGACGAAUGUUUCUGUAUCGGAAAAAUCGGUCGCUUGUUGCGGAUGGUGGCAAAUAUCAACCAUCGCCGUGUGGAAUCGUUUGGUGUGAUGUAGCAAAUAGGCCCCACGAGGUGGAAGUAGCUGGUCGUCGACAUGGAGUGACGAAGCGGAAACUUACUACACCGGCAGCUCGUUUGCAGAUUUCUAAAAUCGAAUUAUUUCACCGUUUUGCACAGUCCUAUCGCCGUACAGUACUGGCAGCCAGAAAUACUAGGAACGUUUUACAUAAUUUAGUUCCGAGCAUACCUUCGGGUGGUGAAUCCAGUGUGGCGGAUCCUGGUGCAAUGGUUCAAGCGGAAGAUAGUAAAUUGCCGGCCUCGGAAGGUAUUCCGAAUAUUGCCAAACUUUCUUAUACGGAUGCGAAGCGACUAUCGGUGGAGUAUGGUAAACAAUGGACAAUCGUGCGGGAUAGUAUGUUUGGGAAAUGGACAGCAAAGCCAGAUAGUUUGGGGCAGUUUUACAUUGAUUUGGAUGAAGGGAUGUAG